AUGCCAAAAUCAUAUGAUCCAUCUCGGGUAAAUCUAUUAAAACAAGAGGCAGACAAACGUGUUUCUGCGUCGGUCGAAGAUAUUCGCGGCGCAAUAAGUAAUUGGCAAAAUCUUCCACUUCAACAACAAACACACCCAAAAAAUGGUUCAAAUUGGCCAGUUCCACAAUUCUAUCUUCAACCACCUUCAACCAUCCAAGGCGGAUCGGUGAAUGGUGAAAAGAUUGGUGGAAGUUCGGCGGGUAGUUUGAAUUCUGUGAGGAUAACUGGAAAAAUUGAGCAUAAAAAUGAGAGUGAUGGACAUGAUUUAGGGUGAGAGUUGGUGGGGGAUUUAUAGGGAAAAACUAUAUUAUUAGGGAAAAAUAAUUGGAUGAUUAUAGAUAUGUUUAAUUUCAGACAUCGUGGCGAGUUGAAUCUUUCCGAAAAAUACAAUUAUGAUUUGAGUAAAGCUCAAUUGAAGGCAAGCAGUCGAACAUCUGCACUUCUUUCUGGAUUCGCAAUGGUUAGUUUUUUUGUUGGAAAUGAAAAAUUAGUUUUUGGAACUUCCACGUCAUAGCUCAAAUGAAAAUAAUUGUAAAUUUCGGCAAAAAUAUGACGUGGUAUUAGGAGAAAAUAUUAAAUUUCUCGACUUUUCUAAACUCAUUUUACUGUUAGAAUUACUUUUUGAAAUUUCUUUGAAAAUUUACUUUUAUACCAAAAAAAUUUGAAUAAAAUUUUUGAACAAAAACUUUAGAAAUGAAUGAAUUAUAUAUUCUGAAAAAAAUGAAUUUCAGCUGUAUAUUUACGAAAAAAUAUUUUUUUUAGGUAUGCCUUGUUGAAUUACAAUAUGCACCUGGAACUCCACCAUAUCUUCUGAUCACAUUAGGAGUUGUGACAAGUUUAUUGGUGAGUUCAAAACCUUUCAACCCAAACGAAGAUUUUCAAAAAUCCCUACAUUUUCCAGGUUUCUGUUCAUUUAUUAGCUCUUAUGAUGUCGACUUGUAUUUUGCCUUAUAUGGAAGCAACUGGAUGCACUCAAGACUCUCCACAUAUCAAACUGAAAUUCUACAUUGAUUUAUCGUGGCUUUUCUCAACUUGCAUUGGUCUUCUUCUUUUCCUCGUUGAAAUUGCGCUGAUUUUUUGGAUGAAGUUCAGAGAUACGAAAAAUGAAUAUAUUACGAUUGUGACGACUGCGAUUCUUGUUCCGGUUGGAGUUGUUUUUGUGGUUUUCAGUUAUUUGAUUCACAAAAGUCGAGUUUCGCAUUCAUUGGGAAGAUUUAAAGAUAAGGUGCGUUAUUUUUGUGAAAUAUGAUAAUGUGUUAUGACGUGGAUUUUAUAAACAAAAUUUUUUUGACCAGAAAAAGUUCCUGCAUUUUGGAACUAAAUUUUGAAUUUGGUUUCUCAAAAUUUAAUUUUCAGAAAAUAAAAAAAAAUCACGAAAAAUUCCUAAAACUGUUGGAAAAUAUUUUCUCUUCUAAAAAAAUUAUCUAUAUAUUCUCAGAGUUAUGCUAAUAUUGAUAUUUUUCCAGGUCGAUACAAUGAAACAAUUUCUUGAUGUUGAAGCAAGUUUACCAAAAAGUGUUAUCGCUUCUACAAUUCAUGAUGUUUAA